AUGCAAGAAGCUGCCCCCCAUGAUGAUGAUUUGGCAGCCGCCCAAGCCAAGGCUGCCAAGGCUGCCAAAAAGCGUCCUGUGCCCAAGAAGGGGGAAGGGGAAGACCCUGAUGAGAAUGCUGACCAAGAAGACGAACCACCAAAAGAAAAGAAACCCAGAGCGGCUAAGUCGAAAGCCAAAAAGAAGACAGAUACCGAUGAUGAGGAGAAACCCGCUCCUAAACGUAAGAGUAAAACCAAUGAUGGAAAGAAAACCACCCGGCCAGCUGCGGCACCUGAAAGUGCAAGCAAGCCGCCUGCAGAAGCUUCGACAGAUGACCUGUGGAACGAGAAGGAGGGAUCAGGGUUGAAAAACAUGAUAUAUAUAUAUAUUGUUUUUGGGUCCAGCAAGUCAUAUAUAUAUAUAUAG